CCAUCACGAAAUAGCAGAAAUGUAUAGUGAUGAGUGCUUUACUGUUUAAUUACUUGUUGUAUUCUGUUAUUCAAGUCAAUUUAGCUGUUUUUGCCAACCCUCGUCUGGGAAUUUGCCGCAAGUCCGCCAAAAUUUUAGUUCAGUGGCAUACCUCCGCGAGUUGAGAGUGUGUUGCGCUUGUAGCUCAAUUUGUGUUGAAGUGUGCGCAGCUUACGUUAGUGUGUGUGUGUUGGAAAGGUAUAAAAAGAGCGACUUUUUCAGGCAACACACAAACAAAAUUUUUCAGCGUGAAGGUGUGUAGACGUGUGUUAUAUCAAACGCGAAAACCGAGUUUCUCAUCAAAGAUGGCCCGUACCAAGCAAACUGCCCGUAAGUCAACUGGUGGCAAGGCACCACGUAAGCAGCUGGCCACCAAGGCCGCCCGCAAGAGCGCUCCGGCUACCGGUGGUGUGAAGAAGCCGCAUCGUUAUCGUCCGGGAACGGUCGCCCUGCGUGAGAUCCGUCGUUACCAGAAGUCGACUGAGCUGUUGAUCCGCAAGCUGCCCUUCCAGCGGCUGGUGCGUGAAAUCGCCCAGGACUUCAAGACGGACCUCCGCUUCCAGAGCUCGGCCGUGAUGGCUUUGCAGGAAGCGAGCGAGGCGUACCUGGUCGGACUGUUCGAGGACACGAACCUGUGCGCCAUCCACGCCAAGCGUGUGACGAUCAUGCCGAAGGACAUCCAGCUGGCUCGUCGCAUCCGUGGCGAGCGUGCCUAAGCGGGCUGCGUCUGUCACCUCUUCUAAAAACGGCCCUUUUCAGGGCCACCAAUUGUGUUGAAAAGAACUUAUUCUAUCGAUUCAUCCGAAUGCGUUUCCCUGGGUGGAUAAGUGAGGUUAUGGUGUUAAAGAAGGGGGAAUUUAUUGGUACGCUUGCUUUGCUUCGCCCUAAGCUAAUUGCUGUGUAUUCUGCGGCUUGGUGCAGGGUUUGCGCUUCGUUUUUUUCAAUCGUUCAGAUUUUGAUUCCACACAGCAAGUCAUGAAUUCCAAACGAAAAAAUAAUUAGGUAGCCAUAUUGAUUGAAUGAUAGCGGUCAGUUAAUUUUUUAUUGUUUCGCAUUUCAUUUUUUUGGCUUCGGUGGCGUGGAGCUCAUUGUCGUAAUCCGCGUAUUGUAAAGAGACAGCUAGAAAAGCUACCCAAGCUACUUUUUGGCGCGUUUUGUGUGCUUUCAAUGUGUCAUUUUCUAACAAUUUAAAACUCUUCCCUAGCGUCUAGUAAGUGUGUGUAUCAUUCUAUUGUAUGCGCUUCAGUUUGGAAAUUUCCAUGCACCAAGCUACGAUUUGCCAAUAUUAAAAUCGAUAAUAUUCUGCGAAUUUGAAAAGUGCGGAACUGCCUAAUGCUUGUGGCACUUAAAAUACUCAUUUAUAGGUGUUAACUUUGUAUUGCUUGCACCGAAAAUGCCCAGUGCGUUUCAAUUCACAAUAAUUCGCCAUUUUCUGAUCAUUCCUGUUCGAACAAUUGAAGUGUGAACCUCGCGUAAGGCUCGUGCUCAUCGUUCAACGACGGUUCCUUUGUGCGUGUGGCAAACAGCAGGGUGGCAGGUACGUUUCCUCGAACCAAGCGAAACAAAAGAAAUAAACCGGACGCGCAACGCAGUGCUG